CCACGUCCGUGCCAUGGCGCCCCGGCGUCCCGCCGAGCUGUACCGGGCGCCGUUCCCGCUCUACACCGUGCGCCUGCACCCGCGGCGCCCGCUCGCCAUCACCGCCGGCGGCGGCGGCGCCGCCAAGACCGGCAUCCGCAAUGGCGUGCACUUCCUGCAGCUGGAGCAGAUCGGCGGGCAGCUCAGCGCCUCGCUGCUGCACUGCCACGACACCGAAACCCGCGCCACCAUGACCAUGGCGCUGGCCGGGGACGUCAUUGCCGCCGGGCAGGACAACAGCUGCCACAUCCUGCGCUUCAGCCUGCAGGAGCCCGAGGCCCCGGGCGCGGCCGGCAAGGACGGCAGCGGGGACAAGGGCCCGCGGCGGCGGCGGGGCGGCAGCGGCGGCGGCGGGGCCCCGGGCGCGCAGGGCCGGGCCCGCGAGGUGCGGGUGGAGAGCCUGCAGCGGGUGCGCACCGACUUCAGCCCCGACGCGCUGCAGAAGGCCGUGCGCUUCAGCGCCGACGGAGCCCUGCUGGCCACCGGCGGCGCCGACGGCUUCCUGCGCCUCUGGGAGUUCCCCAGCAUGAAGAAGACGUUGGAGUUCAGAGCCCACGACGGGGAAAUUGAGGACAUCGCUCUGGGCCCUGACAACAAGCAGGUGGUGACGGCGGGCAGGGACUUCCAGUGCUGCGUGUGGCAGCAGGACCAGCUGGUGACAGGGCUGCGCUGGCACGAGAACCUGCCUGGCAUCCCUGACAAGGCCUAUCGCUACCAGGCAUGCAGGUUUGGGGCCGUGGAGGGCAGUGCCGGGGCCCUGCGGCUCUACACCGUGCAGGUGCCCCACAAGCGGGAGCGCCGCCCCCCGCCCUGCUACCUGACCAAGUGGGAUGGCAAGAGCUUCCUGCCGCUGCUGACGCGGCCCUGCGGCUCCGAGGUGGUCUCCUGCCUCUCCAUCAGCGACUCGGGCACGUUCCUGGGGCUGGGCACGGUGACGGGCUCCGUGGCCAUCCACAUCGCCUUCUCGCUGCAGAGGCUGUACUACGUGAAGGAGGCCCACGGCAUCGUGGUGACGGACGUGGCCUUCGUCCCCGAGAGCCGGCCCGGGCGGGAGCUGCUGGGGGGCCACGAGGCCGCCCUGCUCAGCGUGGCCGUGGACAGUCGCUGCAAGCUGCACCUGCUGCCCACCCGCCGCUCCCUCCCUGUCUGGCUGCUGCUGCUGCUCUGUGCCGGGCUCAUCGUGGCCACCAUCCUGCUGCUGCAGCUCGCCUUCCCGGGCUUCCUGUAGCCCCCUGCCCCCUGGAGGGACCCCCUGGCACCGGGAGGGACCCCCCAGCCUCCCGCCACCCCACACAGACUGUGAAGCACACGAGGGACCAGCCCUGGCCCCGCUGUCCCCGCUGGCGCUCGGGGAGCGGGCACGGGUCAGGGAGGCACGCAGGGCUCUGUCCCUGUGGGACCGUGCAGGCAGCAGGGCAGGGCUGGCCCGGGACAGGGCCAUCUCCUGACCCGGGACGGGAGGGUCCUGCUGGCCCCUGCCCUGCUGCUGCCAUUAAACUGGAGCAUGAA